ACAGAUGGGGAAUUUUGAUGAUUCUCUGUCCACCGUUUUGCUAAAUUUACUGCAUAGAAAGCGUUGUGCAUAUAAAAUGAUGAGAUUUUUAUACUAAUUGCGUUGUGCCUUUCUGAAUUCGAAUGCCAAGUAUCAACCACUGCCACACCUCACAAAUUUAGCAGGUGUGGGAGUGCCGGGAGAUGGAGAUUGCAGAUGGAUUUGGUAGAGUUGAAAGACAUGAGGAUACAGAUGAGAUUCAGGGGAGGUGCAAGAAGAGUUCAGGGGAGGUGCAAGAAGAGCAUUGAGGAUACAGAUGAGAUUCUGGGGAGGUGUAAGAAGAGCAUUGAGGAUACAGAUGAGAUUCUGGGGAGGUGCAAGAAGAGCAUCGAGGAUACAGAUGAGAUUCAGGGGAGGUGCAAGAAAAGCAUCGAGGAUACAGAUGAGAUUCUGGGGAGGUGCAAGAAGAGCAUUGAGGAUACAGAUGAGAUUCAGGGGAGGUGCAAGAAGAGCAUUGAGGAUACAGAUGAGAUUCUGGGGAGGUGCAAGAAGAGCAUUGAGGAUACAGAUGAGAUUCUGGGGAGGUGCAAGAAGAGGAAGACAUCAGGGGUCAACCAUAAGGAAGAGGACGACCCUCAUUAUAUUUAACAACCCAACUGUAAAUCAGGUGGGAGAACAGAAAACUGCUAAAGGAAAACUCGCUUGUGAGGGACAAGAAUCUUGCAAAGAGUUUAUCAAGGGAUUUUGGGCUCCUCUUAUAUUAAGGGAGUAUGAGAAUGACAUAAGAAGGGGACUUUUGGGAAGGAUCUACCCAUAUCAACGGUUGCACAUUUUACUUGUUUAACAUUCCUGCAAUCUUUAGCAGUCUACCACAUUUUACUUGUUUAACAUUCCUCCAAUCUUUACCAGUCCAGCAACCUCAUUAUUCUUAUCAAGUGAUUUAGAAUUUUGUAUGGGAAUAAGGUGUAGCCAAUCGAUUAUUUCCAAGUCUCUAUGAUACUCUUAUUUGGGAUUUUGAAGGCCUCUAUGACCCUCUGAUUUGGAAAAUUUUAAGCAAUUUGGAAAGACGGUUUUCAUAUUCAGAUGACAGUUUUCAAGGCUAUGUAUAUUUCAGUGGACUUGUUUGACUCACACCAUAUUCAUUGAAUUCCAAUUUACUUGUUUAACAUUCUUGGAAUUGAUUGCAGGCUACCGUGCAAUUCUGACUUAAAUGAUAUUCCAGGAAUAAUAUAAUAGCUGUUGUCUCCUAGUGUAGAUAUCAUUGUUGUAGUGGCUUGUUAUCAAUUUUCUAUAGAUUCUUUUCUCUCAGU